GACCGGGCGGGGCAGGCGGCGGACCGGCCCGGGCGUGGGGCGGUAGCUCCCCCCGCGGCGUGUGGGCAGCCUUCGGCCCCCUCGCGGGGGUAGAGCGGUGGGGCUCUGCCGCCCUCGGCCCCUCGGGGUGAUGAGGCGAUUGCCCGUCGYCUUUUUUUCCCCACGAGGAAGUCUCGUUCCUCUUCCUCCUUCUGCCGGGAGAAUCGCAGAGCCCCGCCGGCCGGAGAGGCCCUGGCUUGCUGCAGGGCCCACGGCCCCAUCUGCUCUCCGGGGCCCGGGGGCCGUGCUGGCCGGGGCAGCCGACCGUGCCCCCGCCUCCCUUUGUUGCCGCCUUGCUUUCCCUGCGGCGCUCCGGGUGGGACCGAGCUGGCCCCGCGGCUCUGCCCGCCCUCAUCCCUCCGAAGCGCUCUCCCCACGCGGGGACCCUGUGCUCUCUACCCCUUCGUAGCCGUGGCUGGUUUAGGGAAAGGGCAGCUUUGGCCUCMUAAGUGUAUGUCUUCAAUAUCCUGAAUCCCCAGCUGCUUGCCAUCUUCCGUGCUUUCUCCCUGCUUCGUUAAAUUAUUCUUUUAGGUGUUGUUGGUUCCCUUCUGUGCCUGCUUUUCCGUUUGUGURAACCGCGGGCUUCUUGCAGGGCUGUGUUGGGUGAUGUGUUGUGCGGCACCCAGAUCCUCCGAUACUAAAACCUUCGUACAAAAGCUGCUCCAAGCCAAUGUAGCCAUCUGUUASGAAUCACACAAAAAGUUUUCUAGAAAGCCUUAGGCAGAAGAUACUUAGACUCUCUAAUUUUGUUUAAAUGAAYUUAAGAGCUAGCAGGUCCUCAUAAUUUGAGGGGGRUUUUAUUCAAACAUAAGCCCUCAAAGUUUUUUAAAGAAACCAUCAAGACAUAUUUUUUUAAGUCAUGAUUUUUGUAAAGAAUUAUUCAAGUUCGAUGCUAGCAACAAGUCCUCCAGUCCUGGUGAAUGCAUGGAUGUUUUUGUUUGCUUCCUUGCAUGUUUGGGGAUUUGUUAACGGUUUGGUUUUUUUUUUGUUGGUCCAACACAUGGUCAGAAAAUAAGGUGUGAACAAUGGAGACAGAACAAGGAUACUUCUGUGUUUAGCUAUGCCAAAGGAAGCCUGACAAAUAGAAAAAUACUACCAAGUGAAGAGAAAAUUUACUUCAYGAGAACUGAGCUCUACUUUCAUUUGCUUUAAAAUUUAUUUAUAUUAGUAGUUGAUUAGUAUCAGAUCAUCCCUGUAGUCUACUGUGGUGAAAUCAUUAGGUUAAGCCUGGAAAAAAUGAAACAGUUAAAAAGGAAAAGAAAAAGCAAUUUUAGUGUUCAGGAAACUCAAACUCUCCUUAAGGAGAUCAGAAAAAGAAGAGAAGUACUCUUUUCAAAACAACUUAAUACAACAAUUAAUGAGAUGAAACGGAAAGCUUGGGAGGAAAUAGCAGAGUGUGUCAAUGCUGUAGGUGAAGGAGAGCAAAGAACAGGGACAGAAGUGAAAAGGCGGUACCUUGACUGGAGAGCACUCAUGAAGAGAAAACGUCUGAAUGCAAACAUCAAAGUAGUAGGUCCUGGGUUUCACCUUCCUUCAUCCAAUUUAGAUGACUCUCUCAAUGAAGACAUGGAUGACAAAAUGGGAUUUGCAAUUGACUCUAGUUUUGAAUGGCAAAAUAUCACUGACUUCAGAGAAGCUGGUGGAUCUUUAACAGAAAUCAAAGUAGAAGAGGAAGAGGAGGACCCACAGAAUUUCGAAUUUCCUAUUGAGGAAGAAGAAGAAAUAUUGUCAUCGGUUCUGCCAGAUUCAAAAAAGGAAAACGACCUACCAGACUUCCCCCACAUUGAAGAGUUUGGAAAUCUGAGCUCUGCUCAAGCUAGGCUAGCUUUUGAAGAUUCUCACUUGCUUAUAAAUCUGGAGAAGCAAAARGUGGAGCUGGAGAAACAGCGACUGGACAUCGAAGCCGAGAGGUUGCAAGUGGAGAAGGAGCGCCUGCAGAUUGAAAAGGAGCGGUUACGGCACGUCGACUUGGAGCGUGAGAGGCUUCAGAUAGAGAAGGAGCGACUUCAGAUUGAGUGGGAGAAACUCAGGCUAGAGACUCUGCAUACUGAGAAACCUGCCCUGGAAAAUGACCUCACCCAGACAGAAAAACCCAUCAUGCAGCCUUUGGAUCUAGAAACUGAAAAGUUAAAACUUGAAAAGGAACGUUUGCAGUUAGAGAAAGAGAGGUUGCAGUUCCUUAAGUUUGAGUCAGAGAAGCUGCAAAUUGAGAAGGAACGCUUGCAAGUGGAGAAGGAACGCCUUCGAAUUCAGAGAGAGGGUCACUUGCAGUGAAUGUCUUGACUAAGGUGUCAACAUUAGUGUUUUGAUGUUUCUAAAUUAGAAGUAGUUCCUUUCCUAAUAUUGAAACAGUCCUAGAGGCUUAACAUUCUUCUGUUCAGAGUUGAAUGUUGAUGUUUAAAAAAAUGGUGCUCAAUGUCAGUGUGCCUACAUAAAUGAGCUUAUGUGUUAAAUUGCUUUUUAGUGUAUCAGAACUUUAGUGUUCURUUCUCUUGUCUUCAAUAUUGUGCUGUAUUAGUUCAGUGUCCUCCUCUCGUAGAUGCCUUGAGUCAAAUCAAGGCUGAACCUCGUACUUUUUGUCACUGUACUAACAGGAAGGAAGGGUCAGAAUWAAUCAGCAUAUGUUGUGAGGACAUGGUGCUGACAAUAGCCUGUAUGGUAAAGAAGUAUGAUUUAGGCAGAACACAGGAAUACAGAGUCAUUGAUUCAUUAAAUUUUUAUUUCCCCCCCCCCCUUUUUUCCCAUCCCCACAAUUGGAAAAAGAGUUAAAGAGUUAUCUACAAGUUAGCGUGCAAGUAGAAUUCAUUGCAGUUGUGUUUACUGUUGUUCCAUGGCUUGAACUGAAUGGGAACAAAGAAAGUAGGUUUGUUUGUUU